AGUGGGGCCGUAGGGGGCGGGGCGGGACGGGAGCGAAGAUGGCGGCGGAGCUGGAGCGGGUGCGCAUCUCGGCCGCGGAGCUGAGGGGCAGCCUGGCGGCGUUGGGGAGGGCCCCGGGGGGCGGGGGCCGAGAGAGCAUGAAGGAACUGAAGGAGCCCAGGCAUCGUAAAGAUAACCGGCGUCCAGACCUUGAAAUCUACAAGCCUGGCCUCUCCCGGCUUAGGAACAAACACACACUAUUAAAACAGGAAGCCUCAGCGUAUGAAGGGACCAGAUCUGAGGAAUCCAAGGAUGAAACUGCUAGUGACAAAGAUCCUGCUGGUACUGGAGGGGGAUCUCAGGUCACUGGAGAUCUCAGCAAAGGUGACAGCCAGAAGCAGAAUGGUCCCUCCCAGGGAAAUGGAGAGAUGGAAAGUAAAGCUGUUUUUCAGAGCCAAGAGAAUUUGGAUAAACACUCUGUCUCAGAUGACUGGUGUCCCAGGAUCAUCAGGAGAACCAAGAAGCCGGACCAGCAGAUCUAUCAGCCUGGGAAACGCCUGCAGACCAUUGCCAAGGAGGCAGCUAGCCAGCCAGCCAAUGAUGAAAUUGCCAGUAAGAUGGAACAGCUGAGAGUUGAAGGAGAUGAAGAGACUGAAAGGGACAUUGGGAAAGGCAGCAACAGCAGCAGAACUAAACUUAACAGAGAGGAGAGGGAGGGAAGCCUGACUAGUGAGGGAGUGAAAACCACAAGGGGAGAAAAAGGAAGGCAGGUAGAGCGGGCUGAGAGGGUCAGGAAAUCAAGUGAUGACUUGAUCCAGGGGAAGCUGGGAUCUACCAAGCGAUACUCCCGCUCUGACAAACGGAGGAGCCGAUACCGCACCUGUAGCACGAGCUCAGCAGGGAGCAACAACAGCACAGAUGGAGCCCCACUGGCUGAUGGGGGAAAGAAGCGACAGGAGCGGGCCAAAGAGAGAAGCCGUCCUAAAAAACAGCUCUCUGCUUCCUCCACUGACUCUCUGGAAGAUGACAAAAUUGGGGAGACAGAAGCAUUUGGCGCCAGCAGGAAUUCAGAGAGAAAGCACCCAGAGCAGAGCCGGGCUAAAAGUGAGAGUGAGUGGAGCAGCAAUGGGAAGGAGGUCAAGGGAGCUCCGCGCGUCACUUUUGAUAAUAAGUCUGUGAACAGAGACAUCCCUGUGGCGCACACAGACAAGAAAAAGCCUCCAAAGGCUUUUAAUGUAAGUGACUCCAUAGAGGCUGUGGAGGUGAAGGGCAGGGAGCCUCAGGGGAGAGGCCGUGGGAUUCUCAUCCUGCCUGCCAACACAGACCUCUCUGCCAGUGCUGCAGGCUCUCCCGAAUCUACUCAGUCUGGGCCCAGGCUCCUGCUUGGUAGUGGCGGCAGCAAGGGGCCCAGAGGCCGGGGCCGUGGAGGCACUAUGCGCAGGUUGUGGGAUCCAAACAACCCGGACCAAAAACCUGCUCUGAAGAGCCAGACCUCACAGCUUCAUUUUCUAGAUACUGAUGAUGAAGUGAGUCCCACUUCCUGGGGGGAUGCACGCCAGUCACAGGCUUCCUACUACAAAUUUCAGAAUUCUGACAACCCCUAUUAUUACCCAAGUCCAAAAGGCCAAAGUCCUCAGUAUCCUUAUGGAGGGUAUUCUUUGCCAUAUCAGAUGGGCCCCAAUAACAGUGUUUACCCAGGAGCUUACUACCCCGGAUAUCCAGGCCAGUCAGGGCAGUAUAUCUGCAGCCCCCUCCCCUCUGCCCCUUUGAGUCCUGAGAUGGAACAGCAGAUGAGGAACAUACAGCAGCAGGAGCUCAGCAAACUCCUCCGAGAGGCUGGGAACCAGGAACAGCAGCUCAGCAACCUGCUUUCCAGAGACCGCAUCAGCCCUGAGGGUCUUGAGAAGAUGGCACAACUGAGAGCAGAGAUGCUGCAACUGUAUGAACGAUGCAUCCUCAUGGAUAUUGAGUUCUCCGAUAACCAGAAUGUGGAUCAGCUGCUCUGGAAGAACGCCUUCUAUCAGGUGAUUGAGAAAUUCCGGCAGCUCCUCAAGGAUCCGCUAGGGGAGAACGGGCAGGAAAUUCGGAACAAACUGCUUCAGCUUCUCGAUGAGGGCACUAUUUUCUUUGACAAUUUGCUUCAGAAGCUGCAGGUGUCAUACCAGUUCAAACUGGAGGAUUAUAUGGAUGGGAUGGCCAUUCGCAGCAAGCCCUUGCGGAAGAUGGUGAAGUACGCGCUGAUCAGUGCCCAGAGGUGUAUGAUUUGCCAAGGGGACAUUUGCCGGUACAGGGAGCAAGCGAAUGACACAGCAAACUAUGGGAAAGCACGCAGUUGGUAUCUGAAGGCUCAGCACAUUGCUCCCAAAAAUGGCCGUCCAUAUAAUCAGUUGGCUCUGCUGGCUAUCUACACGAGGAGGAAGCUGGAUGCUGUGUACUAUUACAUGCGCAGCCUGGCUGCCAGCAACCCCAUCCUCACAGCCAAGGAGAGCCUCAUGAGCCUGUUUGAAGAGACAAAACGCAAGGCUGAGCAGAUGGAACAAAAGCAGCAUCAGGUGCUGGAACUGAGCCCCAGCCGAUGGGGGAAGGGCAAGAAGUCCACAUUCCGACAAGUUGGAGAUGACGCCACUCGGCUGGAGAUCUGGAUUCAUCCCUCCCACCCCCGCUGCUCCCAUGGCCAUGAAUCCGGCAGGGAGUCUGAGCAGGACAACGGGCUUGGGAACCUCAGCCCCAGUGAUCUGAACAAAAGGUUCAUCCUCAGUUUUCUCCAUGCCCAUGGGAAGCUGUUUACCAGGAUUGGGAUGGAGACGUUCCCGUCAGUGACAGAGGAGGUGCUGAGGGAGUUCCAGGUGCUGCUGAAGCACAGCCCUCCUCCCAUCGGAAGCACCCGCAUGCUGCAGCUCAUGGCUAUCAACAUGUUUGCGGUGUACAACUCCCAGCCCAAAGAGUGCCUCUCGGAGGACUGUCGCUCAGUGCUCCAGGAACAGGCCACAGCGCUGGGACUCUGCAUGUUCGCCCUGCUGGUGAGGCGCUGCACCAGCUUACUGAAGGAGUCCGUCCGAGCUUGGCCCCAGGAAGCAGAGCAGGAUGAGGAGGAUGAUAUCAAGGUCUCCGCCUUGCCCCAGGAUCUGAAGGAGCUCCUCCCCAGCGUGAAAGUCUGGUCGGACUGGAUGCUCGGCCACUCGGACACCUGGAACCCCCCUCCCACCUCCCUCGAGUUGCCCAAACAGGUCUCAGUGGAUGUGUGGGCGACACUGGCCGACUUCUGUAACAUACUGACCACAGUGAAUCAGUCGGAGGUGCCGUUGUACAAGGACCCCGAUGAUGACCUUUCCCUGCUCAGCCUGGAAGAGGAUCGGCUCCUUUCGGGCUUUGUCCCCCUGCUGGUCGCCCCCCAGGAGCCCUGCUACGUGGAGAAAACCUCGGACAAGGUUAUUGCAGCUGACUGCAAGAGGGUCACAGUUCUGAAGUAUUUCCUGGAAGCCCUUUGUGGACAAGAAGAGCCUUUGCUGGCAUUCAAGGGUGGAAAAUAUGUGUCAGUGGCACCCGUCCCAGACGCCAUGGGAAAGGAAAUGGGAAGCCAAGAGGGAAAACAACUGGAAGAUCAGAAGGAGGAUGACUUGAGGAUUGAGGCGUUUGAAGAUGAUUCUGAGGCUGACGUCAGUGGAGAAGAGUUUGACAUCAGGGAACUCAGAGCCAGGAAGCAAGCACUGGCCAGGAAAGUAGCUGAGCAGCAGCGUCGUCGGGACAAGAUUCAGGCUGUGCUGAAGGAUCAGAGCCAGAUGCGGCAGAUGGAGCUGGAGAUCAGACCUGUCUUCCUGGUGCCAGACACCAACGGCUUCAUCGACCAUCUGAAUAGCCUGAAGAAGCUGCUGGAGUGGCGGAAGUUCAUCCUGGUGGUGCCCCUGAUUGUGAUCAAUGAGCUGGAUGGCCUGGCCAAGGGCCCGGAACUGGAGCAUCGGGCUGGGGGCCAUGCCCGCCUGCUGCAGGAGAAAGCCAGGAGAUCCAUUGAGUUCCUGGAGGAGCGCUUUGAGAAUCGCGACAACUGCAUGAGGGCUCUGACUAGCCGUGGCAACGAGCUCGAAUCCAUCUCCUUCCGCAGCGAAGACACCACCGGCCAGCAGGGCAACAACGACGACCUGAUUCUGUCCUGCUGUCUCCAUUACUGCAAUGACAAGGCCAAGGACUUCAUGCCCACCAACAAAGAUGAUCCAAUCCGUCUGCUCAGAGAGGUGGUGCUGCUCACGGACGAUCGGAACCUGCGUGUCAAGGCGCUGACCCGGAACGUGCCCGUGCGAGACAUUCCCACCUUCCUUAAGUGGGCCCAGGAGGGCUGAGCGGGUGUGACUGAGGAGGAGAUGUCCCUGCGUGAGUGACGCAGCGUGUUGCUGGUGGGAGAAUGGCUUUCAAGGCAGCCCUGCACCACCACCACUGCCUCCCGACCCACCAUUGAACAAUAAACACCACGUCUUCAAAGCCAGCCCCGAAUGGCUAUGCUGCAAAGGGAAGGUCCCUGCUGUGGAUGGGUCGUGCGGAGGCCAGGACUCUGCGGGUUGCCAGGGCCUUUGGGAAGAGUGGGGGGGCGGAGCAGGGGGGCACUGGUCCCUGGGGAAAGCUUUGGGCUAGCCCCAUUGCCCUUGUCAGCAUCCUUGACUGGAGAGAGCUCCCAUUGGAGGCCAGUGUUCUCCUUGGAGCUGUGCUCUGAGCCGGCCAGAGGAAUGGGAGCCUCCUUUCUGUUAACUGGCUACGGAAAGUGGGAGGGACCUGGCGUUGUGGCAGUUCCUGCUGGCGGUUUCCAGAGGCGCUUGUGUUCCUGCUGGAGCCCUGGCUGCACCCCCGAGACACUGAACGUGGAGGUCAGGGUCUGUCCUGCUCUCUUGGCCAUUUCGCUCACACCUUGGCUGUUCCUCUCCGCCUGUCUCGAUUCUUUCAUCUGUCCACUUGGCUGGCAGCUCAUUGGAGCCCUAGUUGUGUCCCACGGGAGUCGGGCUGCAGCAGCCCCAUCACUUCCCAACACUGGAGUCUGGGUGGAAAGUAACGGAUAUUUGGCUCCUUUUCCCCUUUUGAAGAUGCUCUGGUCCCCUCUCCAGCACGGGGGCAGCAGGUCCUGCUCUGAGAACCUCACCACGAGCUUUAGGGUUGUCUAUUGUUCAGGAUCCAUUGCUGCUAAGGAAAAGCAUUAAAUACCCAGGCUGCAUUGUACCUUGAUUGCGCCAUACAUCCUCUGCCCCACAUACCUCCUGAGCCCCCUGCUCUGCUCCCCUGCCCCACACACCCUCUGCUCCUCUGCCCCACAUACCUCCUGAGCCCCCUGCUCUGCUCCUCUCCUCUGCCCCACACAGCCUCUGCUCCUCUGCCCCAUAUACCUUCUGAGCCCCCUGCUCUGCUCCUCUGCCCCAUAUACCUCCUGGGCCCCCUGCUCUGGUCCUCUGCCCCAUAUACCUCCUGGGCCCCCUGCUCUGCUCCCCCCUACGAGAGGCACACCCUUAGAUCCUGCCCCACACACUCCCUGCCUUGUCAUGCUUGUAACCUGCUCUUAAGGCUUUGCCAUUACAAUAAAUCUCUCCCUUGAGUCCCCCUGAGCUUGUGACAGGCCAGGCUGUGGGGUCCUGAGGGAGCUCCCAGGGGCUGUCUACGGGGCCAGAGGGACACUGACCUGACAAUGGUUCCUGCUUGAGCAGCUUUGCGAGCCCCAGUUGCCCCUUCAGCAUGGAUGGGGAGCCCUUGAGCUGACCCCAUUGGCAUUGAGCCUUGUCAGGCAGCGUCGUCUCCAGAGUGGACAGGGUCCCUCGGCGCCGGGCAUUGGUGCAGCUGGGGCUGAGCUCUGUCUCCUCCAUGGAGCCAGGCCCUCCUAGUCAGACAGAGCCCUAGUGGGGCAUCCCAGGGCGCAGAGGCUGAGGGAGCUGUAGUCACCUCCAAGCUCCUGCAGCUAGGCCAGGCCUCUGCAGAACAGCCCAGGGAGCUCUGUGGCCAGGCAGGUACCCAGCACCUUCAGGAAGGCGCAAUGUUGCCCUCUCUAGGGACUUUGCUGUACUCCCAGACCUUCCCCACGCAGGGCCAGCAUCUCUGCAGGAGCCCAGGGUGCGAAGGGCCCUGUGGGGGGAGUGGAUGGAAGCUGGAGAGGGAGGCAGCAGGACCGAAGCCAGUGAGGCAAGCGGGGGGAACGAGAAUGCAGCGCUGCUCCUGGCUGCUCAGUCCCAGGGGCAUUGGGGAGGGGACGGUGCUCUCUCUGGCCUCCCUCAGAAGAGCGGGCGGCGGCUGCUUACUGGCAGACGAGGGGGUUUCUCUCGCCACCAGCAGCUCAGUCACCCCUUCCCCAGGUGCUGCCUCACCUGGGACCUUGGCGUGGGACAGGGCUGGGGCAGGGCUGAGCCCCCAGAUUACAGAUGCCAGGGUAGCCUGAGUCCUCCGUGCUCACCAAGCAGUGCUAGCCAGGUGCUUUGCAAAGGGCCUCGCAGCCUCACUCCAGCCCGACUUCCUGUCACAGCUCACUCCGGGGUGGCUAGGCGACAAGCCCGUGGCCCGAGGUUGGGGCUGUGACACACAGGCAGGAAGGCUGGUAUUGUCCCCACGACAGCUGCUAGGGAGGUCUCCAGGCCAGAGCCUGCCUGCUGGAGCCGCUGCCGCCUGCUACUGGACACCCAACCCAGGCUCUUAGGACUAAACUGUGCCAAGGGGAGCCUGCUGGCGGGGUCUGUGCAAGGAGCUGGGGCAGGCGACGUUCGCCCAUUGACUUUUCCUCAAACCGUGCUGUGUUUGAAACGUUUGUUCUGACGAACCUGCUGAACUCUGCUAUUGAGCGGCCGCGGCGUCAGGGGAGAGCUGGCCAGUGAAAGGGACAGUCAGCAUCAAACCGGACACCCUGGGCCCUCCCCUGGCACCCUGCUAAUGGAAGGACUUGCCCCCACCAUCUCCCCUGGACGCUGCUGGUGCCAGCUGCUGCUUCUCAGAGAUGUCCCCUGACUGCAGGAACUGCGCUGGGACCUGACUGUACUGAGUGGUGGCAGCAUGAUCCACCGUGGACACAUGAAUGAGCAGCCAGACGCAAGGACCUGCUGGAGGCAGCUCCCGCCCUCAUAGGCUCUGGGGUCCUGCUUCCCUCAGAACUGCUGGCUUUGCUCCAUCCCUGACCUUUGGCUCCGGGGUGACUCUCUGGUCGUUUGCUUCACCUGGUGCCCAAGAGGCUGGGCAGAGCCUGGGCCCCGCCCCUUAGCUGGGGUUGUGUUGCUUUGUUAAGAUGUUUUCUUAAUAAGAUUUUCCUACCAAA